AUGUCUCAAAUGAACAAUUCCGCCAUCGCUUUAGUGCCGCUGGAGCGCGUAGACAACAGUAUCUUCCCCCGGCUGGGCCAUGUUCUGUGGUCAUGGCCGCUGUGCGCGGGGUGCGGCUUCGGGCAGCAAUGUUCUGAUGCCACUUGCGCUGCCCGCGUGAAACGACUUCGACGGUUCUUUCAAUUCUACACCGCAGUGGUAGAAGCUUACGUCAAUGAAUCCUCUGAAACGUCUAGAGUUCUCAAGACACACGAGGAUCUUUACAAUGCAGUCCUGGCGCUUAAAGGUGACCCGGAGAUGACACGAAUAGCGCUCAGCAAUACUGUCAGUCAAGGAAAAGCCAGCUCCCCGAGUGAUAUUGAGGCUGCGACAACGCUUGCUGUCAAGGUUUUGCUCAUGGUUGACUGUUCGGCCUUGCAUCAGUCGUCAAACAGACUUAAGAAGGGCAUUUCUAAGGUUCACUGGAAGGAUGACGUGCCAUUCAACCAAUACUUGCGGGAUCUUUUCCCCGUGCAGACCAAUCCAAUAUUCAGUUCAGCCGGGAGCGACUUGUCCCCUGUCAAGUCUGAGCUGAGAGCGACGAAGCUCAAGAAACACUUGCACAUAACGUUGCAAGCAACUCAUGAUGUGCGAAAUCAUCUUCGGUUCGACAGGAAGAACAAUGUUCUUGAGGUUUUUCAUUACACUGCUUUCCUCAAGGAGCAGUUAAAACUUACCAAAGGGAAGGAAGAUCCGUCGGAUCCAAUGACAUCCAUUAAAGUGUAA